AUGGAAUCCCAUAACUUAGCUGGCGUGGGGGAUAGUUCUCCAGCAAGAAGCGAAGCACCCGAUAUCAGCCUGCUGGCCCUGAAUGCUACUGGUGAGCAGAGAUAUCUGGGACCAUCCAGCGGAGCUUUCUUCGCAAGUUAUGCCACAGCACUAUUACAAUCAUGCGAGCCUGUACUGCCAGCUGCUCUCCGCCCUCGUAGGGUAGGAGGCCCAAAUCAGGCCCAGGCACAUUUCAUAGAUGACCGGCUACCUCUCCAACCGGAUAUCAUCGCCUUGCUUCAAAAGUCCUAUGAGAUGUGGGUGCAGCCUCUAUAUCCUUUAUUGAGUCACGAGGCUCUUGCUAGUCUUGCAGACCGAUGCGGUAAACUGCAAAAUGCACCCCUCUCGGAGUUGGUGCAGAGCCCAGAGAGCUGUAGCGAGAUGACUGUGUUUUAUUUGGCCAUGGCUCUAGGAGCGGCCAACCAUAUGAGCACUUGCAAGCAGCUCGGAGCGAAUCAAGCUAGAGGAGGCUUCCAGGAUACUUCUCUAUCAGUGCCCUCCUCGACUCAGCUCUACGCCAUGGCAUUGCAAUACUUUAGUACUCUAGGAAAAGAGUUCCACUCCAGCCCCAUGUUCAUUCAAAUACUACUUCUUGUUUGUAUUUAUAGCUCAUAUGGUCCGAUCGAGUCCAGCCAGUGGCCGAUGGCUGGCUUAGCGAUGCGAGUGAGUGGCGUAUCUUCACCUUCGAAUCACAAGCAUGGAACCAAAGCUAACGUAACAGACGGCCAUUGA